CUGUGAAUCAAAGAGGCCCUAAGCUUUGCCUGCGAGAUGUUAGUAUUACCAAUGAAGAUGUUCAAUGUUUGCUGUCUGAAGGCAAUCAUCUAGAGUGCCUCCGUAUUACCUACUGUAAGAUGCUUACCAGUUUAAGGAUUCCACAUUGCCUGAAUCGCCUUAAGGUUUUGCUUGUUCUGAGUUGCCCGCUACUUCAAGACAUGACGUUAGAUUGUGGAGUGCCAGCACUCCACUAUAGAGGCUCAUUGAUACCAAUGGAGUUUGCUGCACCUUUGGAGCUAAGGAAACUAUCGAUUGAGUUAUUACCUUGCCAUUCUGCUCUAGGAUUCAUCUUCAAUGAACUCCCAGCAACUCUCCCACGUCUUGAGAUGCUCUCAUUAAGUUGCACACAACUUGAGGGGGUUGAUUCAGUGAGCAGGCUUUCCAAAUUUCGUUCUCUGCAUCAUUUGAUAUUAAACUGGACUAUUUCUGACUCUGCACGCGGGACAACUGAUAUCCUCGACCUUGGUUGUCUCCUAGAGGCUGCCCCUUCCAUGGAGAAACUAGAAUUGCAUAUGGUAACGGACCAUUUCCUACACAAGCGGUACCGUCAAGAAGACGGCGAGCUGAGGAGUCUCCCUUCAUGCCCGCACUCACAUCUCAGUUUGGUGCAUAUAAGCGGAUUCAUCGGCGAGAAAGAUCAACUGGAGCUGGCGCUUCAUAUUAUCCACAAUGCUACUGUUCUCGAAGCAUUGAAGAUUGAUCCAUGGCCGAGAACAGCUAACCCUGUACGAGCGCGCGUCAAGUCGGAAAACCGUCUUGCCAAUGGUCGGAGUGUUGCAUUGGAAUUUCUUUGCAAAGAUGACCACCGCAGUGUCGUCAGCGUACUUGAAGAUGUGGGGGAGUAGUUAGUCACUGCUUUCCAUUUGGCCUGCGUAAAUGUAUUUACUUCCUCCUUCCAUAUAUAUAGGGCCUAAUACAUUUUUUGAGGUGGCCUUUGACUAUUUGAUAAGAUUAAUAAUAUAUGAGAUGUAUCAUUCGAAAAUUA